UUGUGUGUAUUAUAAAACUGAGACGAAAGCGAUAUGUUAGUAGUCGUCAGAAAUAACAAAUUAUGAUAAAAAAGUAAUUGGUUUAAGAAACAGACAUUGUUUAUGAAAGUGUGAAGUUAUGGCUACCACUGGCUUGUGUUUGGGUAUUGACCUUGGGACUACUUCAGUCAAAGUUUCACUUCUUGACAUCACAUCGAAGAAUUUUAUAUUUUCCACAGCAGAACCUACCAAUGCUGAUGUUGAUGUAGAAGGGCAGAGAUCUGAGCAAGAUGUGUCUAAAAUUAUGCAGGCUGUGUGUACUUGUUUGACAAGAAUAACUAACAAAAACCGUGCCUGUGUAAAAUGUAUAAGCGUGUCAGGCCAAAUGCAUGGUGUGCUAUUAUGGAAUAAUGAUUUACAAUCAAGUCUUGAAGAUGGAAAAUUGACAGUCUGUAAUGCUAGUAACAUUAUAACAUGGCAAGAUCGAAGGGCAUCUUGCGAGUAUAUUUCAACUCUACCAAAACCAGACUCGCAUCAGAACCUUGCUGCUGGAUUUGGAUGUGUGACGCUGUUUUGGAUGGCACAGUUUGAACCGGAAAAGUUGGUACAAUAUAACACAGCCGGAGGUAUCAUGGACUAUAUGGUUGUUUUGUUAUGCGGACUAGAUAAACCAGUGAUGAGUGACCAGAUAGCUUCCAGCUGGGGAUACUUUUGCUCUGAAACAAGCACAUGGAACACACAAAUGUGAUUAUUCAUUUUUAUA